AUAUAUAUAUUACAAAAAAUAAGUUUUAACAAUUGAAUUAUAGGUUAUUUAGUUUUCAGUUUUACUACCUUUCUUAUUUAUAUGCAACAUAAUUUGAAAUGAAAAAAUAAUAUUUUAUCAAAUUAAAAUGUUGCAUGAAGUAUUGUUAUCAUUGUGGGGAUGUUCAACUAAUGCUUUAAAAAUAUUGGAAUCAGAUAAUGUAGAUCUUGAAAAAUAUUUACAUCCUGGUGAACGUGUAUUACUUAAAGUAUUAGAUAUAGUUGAACAAUGUAAUAUUAUCAGGAAUUUUAUUCAAGAAUAUACUACUUCUGACAAUUUAAAAUCUACUCAAGAGUUACAAAAUAUAUCUCAAGGUUUAUAUUUACAAGCUCUUUGCGAAGGAAUGGAUCAAGCUUUAGAACCUUUUCGUAAAGAGAUUGUUAAUUUGGAAGAUAUAGUUCUUCGUGAUAGUUAUACUCCAUUAUCAUUAAUACUUUGUCGUAUCCAAAAAUAUAUAUGUCUAUUUUCUGUUCUGAAUUCUAUCAUAAGAGAAAUUCGUACACAAAAAAUUCAUGGUUGUAAAUUAUUGCAAUGUUUGCAUCAAAAUAUGUAUACUGGUAUUCCUGAUGUAAAAACUGCAAUAGAAAAAAUGUCUCAUUGUGUACAUGUAGUCUUUUAUAAACAUUUAACUAAUUGGCUUUUAUAUGGUCAUUUAGAAGAUAUGUACAAUGAGUUUUUCAUUCAAAAGAUAUCUGAGAAACAAAACAAUUUAAUGUUAGUACACAAUAAAGAUAAUUUUGCUGAUAAAGUGAAUACAAAAUUUAGUGCAGAUAUGUGGAAUUAUGAUGUUCAAAUAGAUAUGCUUCCUUCUUAUAUUAGACCAUCUUUAGCAACUAAAAUCUUAACUAUAGGACAAACUAUUAUAAUGUUUGGAAAUGACCCAAGACAGAAAAAAGAUUUUGCUAUAGUUGAUCAAACCGAAACUUCCAUUUGGGGAGAAAAAGAAUAUGAAUAUUUUCUUAAACUUCAAAAUCUCCAAAAAAAACAUAUUUUUAAUAUUGUUGAAUUUGAACAUAUAAUUGAUGAAUUAAAACAAUGUAUAACAGAACUUUUAUGGCGAGUUGCUGUUGAAGAAGCACAUCUUGUACAACAACUUAAAUUAGUAAAAGAUUUCUUUCUUAUGGGACGAGGUGAUUUGUUUCUUGAAUUUAUUAGACUCACAGCUCAUAUAUUGAAUAAACAGCCAACACAACAUACAUCCAGAGAUAUUAAUUUAGCUUUUCAAAUGGCUUUAAGAAAAAUGCACUUAAAUGAUGAAAAUGCUAUGGAUAAUUUUAAUUUUAUAGUACCAGUUCCAGCAAAUGAAAGUGAAGAUAUUGAGAUAGAAGGCACAGAAUUUACUGAAAAAGAACGUGAAGAUCCUAUUGAAAGACGUGGAUGGGGUAUGAUUAUUUUGAAAUAUAAAGUCAUAUGGCCAUUACACUUAUUAUUUAGUCCAUCUGCUUUAAAUAAUUACAAUAUAUUAUUCAAAUUUUUAUUAAGAGUUAAAAAAACACAAAUUGAUUUAUGGAAUCUAUGGAGUGAGCAUAUGUAUUAUAAAAAUAUUGAUAUUGGUGUAAUUCAAUUAAGAAAUAAUUUGAUUUUUAUCAUUGAUAAUUUACAAUACUACUUACAAGUUGAUGUACUAGAAAGUCAAUAUACUAUAAUGGAAACAAAUAUAAAAAAUACUCGAAAUUUUGAAGAUGUACAAAGGGCACAUUGUAUUUUUUUAGCUAAUGUUAUGUCACAAACAUUUUUAUUGGGAAGUUCAACAGAGAGAAAAAAUCCUGUGAAUAAAUUAAUAAAACUUUUAUUACGACUUUGUGAUGAUUUUAUUUUACAAGCAUCAAUGUGGGAAGUAGGUGAUUUACUUUUAACAGAACAAGAAGAACUUAAUACAUUAUCUGAUACUCUUAGGAGUUUAAUGGGUUGGUUAACUAAAACUUUGAAUAGAGUACGUGCACAACCAAGUGGAGAACAUUUAGCACAAUUAUUAUUAAGAUUGGAUUUCAAUAGAUGGUUCAGCAAAAAAAUGUAAAAAUUUAAAUUAUUUGAUUAUAAAUAAAUAACAAGAAAAUACAUAAUAUAUUUAUAA